CACUUUCAAGUCUCCGCUCCCUGGGCAAAAGUCUUGGUCUACGCAAGUGAUCGCUUCCAUACACAACCUAAACACGGCAACACUCGAGCUUCGCUUCACUUGACUUCGCCCUUUACUCAAUGACUCAUUCAUUUGAACUCCUGAAACCUUAAAAGCCUCAAAUUCAAUGUCUUUUAUCUGGGCUUCUUCGCAAAUGGGGUGCCGUUUUAGAUCUAGAUUUUGCGUUCUGAUCGUCCUUGUUUGUGUAAGCCUUGUUGGGUUUGGUUCCGUUCGUGCGGAGAUUCGAAAACCCAAGAACGUUCAGGUCGCUGUUCGGGCCAAGUGGUCGGGCACUCCGUUGCUUUUAGAAGCUGGAGAAUUACUAUCUAAUGAAAGGAAAGACCUUUUUUGGAAGUUCAUUGAUAUCUGGCAUCAUGCUGAAAAUGAUGCCGAUACUUGUACAGCAAAAGGUUGCCUGAAAAGAAUUUUAAAACAUGGUAGCUCUCUUUUAGGUGAAUCCUUAGCAUCGCUAUAUGAAUUCUCCCUUAUGCUAAGGUCAGCAUCCCCGAGAUUGGUGCUUUACCGCCAACUGGCAGAGGAGUCUCUUUCUUCUUUUCCACUGGUGGAAGAAAGUAAUUCAGAAGCGAGUGAAAAUCUGGAAACCAGAAUAACGGAUUCCUUACUUGUUGGUGUAAAUCCAAAAAGCCCAGGUGGGAAAUGUUGUUGGGUGGAUACUGGUGGAGCGUUGUUCUUUGACGUUUUCGAACUGUUAUUGUGGCUUCGAAAUCCCUCUGAAAUUGCUGGAAACUCAUUUCAGGAGCCCGAAUUGUUUGAUUUUGAUCACAUUCACUUUGAUUCAAGUACUGCAAGUCCAAUUGCUAUUCUUUAUGGUGCUCUUGGAAUUGAUUGCUUUAAGGAGUUUCAUGUCACUUUAGUUCAAGCUGCCAAAGAGGGAAAAGUGAAGUAUGUAGUUAGAUCCGUUUUACCUUCUGGUUGUGAGGCAAAAGUUGGCAUUUGUGGUGCUGAUGGUUCUAGAGAUUCCUUAAAUUUGGGUGGCUAUGGUGUUGAGCUUGCUAUGAAGAAUAUGGAAUAUAAGGCUAUGGAUGAUAGUGCGAUAAAAGAAGGUGUCACCCUGGAAGAUCCUCGGACGGAAGAUCUUAGCCAAGAAGUUAGAGGGUUCAUAUUUUCCAAAAUUCUGGAACGCAAACCUGAGCUUACAUCUGAGAUAAUGGCUUUCAGGGAUUACCUAUUGUCAUCCACAAUAUCAGACACCCUUGAUGUUUGGGAACUAAAGGAUUUAGGGCAUCAAACUGCUCAGAGAAUAGUUCAUGCCUCUGACCCUCUGCAGUCAAUGCAAGAAAUUAGCCAAAAUUUUCCGAGUGUAGUUUCUUCAUUAUCUCGUAUGAAGCUCAAUGAAUCAAUUAAAGAAGAAAUAACUUCAAACCAGCGUCUGAUGCCCCCUGGGAAGUCCAUAAUGGCUCUUAAUGGUGCUGUGAUCAAUGUUGAUGAUAUUGACCUUUAUCUGUUGAUUGACUUGGUUCAUCAGGAGUUAUCCUUGGCUGAUCAAUUUUCAAAAUUUAAGAUUCCACAUAACAUUAUAAAGAAACUUCUAUCAAUUGUGCCUCCUUCAGAGUCCAAUAUGUUCCGUGUUGAUUUUCGUUCUACUCAUGUUCAUUAUCUCAAUAACCUGGAAGAAGAUGCUAUGUAUAAGCGAUGGCGGAGCAAUAUAAAUGAGAUUUUGAUGCCUGUCUACCCUGGGCAACUACGUUAUAUUCGGAAGAACCUCUUUCACGCUGUUUAUGUUCUUGAUCCAGCCACAGUCCAUGGUCUUCAGAUUAUCGACAUGAUUACAUCUUUGUACAAGAAUAAUUUUCCUGUGAGAUUUGGUGUGAUACUCUAUUCGACCAAGUUUAUCAAUAAGAUUCAAAUAAAUGGUGGUGAGCUCCAGUCUUCUGCUUUGGAAGAUGACAGUGAAGUCAAGGAGGAUACUUCCAGUUUGAUUAUACGUCUUUUCAGUUAUAUUAAGGAAAACUACGGGACCCAAACAGCUUUCCAGUUUCUGAGCAAUGUAAAUAGAUUAAGGAUGGAGUCAGAGGAUUCUGAAGAUGAUGCUCUUGAAAUGCAUCUUAUUGAGGGAGCUUUUGUAGAAACCAUAUUACCAAAGGCAAAAUCUCCACCUCAAGAUCUAUUACUGAAGCUGGAAAAGGAGCAAAGUUUGAAGGAGAAAUCUCAAGAGACUUCAAUGUUCGUUUUCAAACUGGGUUUGGCCAAGCUGCAGUCUUGCCUCUUGAUGAAUGGUCUUGUAUUUGAUUCUAAUGAGGAGGCCCUUAUAAAUGCCAUGAAUGAUGAGCUUCCAAGAAUACAAGAACAAGUUUAUUAUGGGCAUAUAAGCUCUCGUACUGAUGUACUGGACAAAUUCCUAUCAGAAAAUGGUAUUAGUCGCUAUAAUCCACAGAUCAUUGCCGAUGCCAAGGUUAAACCUAGGUUUAUUUCUUUGGCUUCAUCAAUUCUUGGUGGGGAGUCUUGGCUGAAAGAUGUUAAUUAUUUGCAUUCUCCAGAAACUAUGGAUGAUGUGAAGCCUGUGACACACCUUCUGGCUGUUGAUGUCAUGUCAAAGAAGGGGAUAAAGCUGCUUCGUGAAGGAAUUCAUUUUCUGAUCAGAGGAUCUAAAGUUGCUCGAUUAGGUGUUCUAUUUAGUGCUAGUCAGGAGGCUGAUUCAUCUAGUCUCCUUUUAGUGAAGGCUUUUGAAAUCACUGCAUCCACAUAUAGCCAUAAGAAAAAGGUACUUGAAUUUUUGGAUCAAUUAUGCUUAUAUUAUGAGCGUACCCUUGCAUUUCCAGUAUCUGCUAAAAGCACUCAAGCAUUUAUUGAUAAGAUCUCUGAGUUUGCUGAGGCAAAUGGCUUAUCAUCCAAAGUUUUUAUUUCCUCUCUUCCUGAAUAUCAUGAUGGGAGCGUGAGAAAGUGUCUGAAUAAGGUGGUGCAAUUUUUGUAUAGGGAACUUGGAGUUGAACCUGGUAUUAAUGCUAUCAUUACUAAUGGGAGGGUGAUGUCCCCUAUCGAUGUAAGCACAUUUCUGAGUCAUGAUCUAGAUCUUUUGGAGUCAGUGGAGUUCAAGCACAGAAUAAAGUAUGUCUGGGAAAUAAUAGAAGGAGUGAACUGGCUGAACGAGUAUCCCGACAUAGACCCAGACAUUCUCACAAGCAAAUUUGUAAGUGAUAUCAUCAUGCUUGUGUCAUCUGCCUUGGCUAUGCGGGAGCGAGGCUCUGAAAGUGCACAUUUUGAGAUUUUAAGUGCAGAGCAUAGUGCCGUUGUUUUAAACAGUGAGAAUUCUGUUCUUCAAAUUGAUGCGGUUAUUGAUCCUUUAAGUCCAACUGGCCAAAAGCUUUCUUCCAUUCUUCGAGUUCUACAGAAAUACACUCGAUCAAGCAUGCGAAUCGUUCUGAACCCAGUGAAACAAAAUGGUUCAAAGAGCAUUGUUCUUAUAGAAUUUUGGUUUUAUGUGAUGUUCAUAAUUAUAUGGUCUUCGUCGAGAAGCUGUUCACGUUUAGCUUGA